AUGCAGCUCACCACUAUCGUUGCCUUCCUUGCGGCCGCCGCUAACGCCGCUCCUGGCACACUGUCUCCACGGCAGUCUGGAAGCGUGCGCGCACGUUUCUAUAACGAUGGUGGCUGCGGUAGCAACGGCAAUGAUGUAGCUCAAGCUGAGUUGAUCCUCACGGAAAACGGUAUUGUUGGCAAGGCAGGAUGUCGGGACUUGACCAUCGGGCCAUACACCGCUGUAUUCUUCGACCAGAGCACUCUGAACAAGAAGAUUCGCGUCUUGAAUGUGCCCUGCUCUCAAGUUGCGGACAACUUGGACCAGACCCCUGGAAACAGGAUUGACGUUGGGCCACGGGACGCCAUGACCGGAUGCAAGUCCUUCACUGUGCUCUCCUACCUUACCUUGCCCUCCUUCCACUCAUUGCGCAACAAAGUCAUUCAAGGAAACAACUACCAAACACCCAAGAUGCAUCUCAUGAACCUCCUGCUCGCGUGCAUCUUCGCUCUGUGCGUCAUUGCCGCGCCUGCGGACUUCAAGCUGCACUCCGCGCUCACCAUUCCCGUCUCCGGCUCUGCAACCUACGACGCCGACCUCGCUGCUGCUAUCGCCUACGCCCGGUCUCACCCCACUUCCUCCGUCCAGACCGCCGCCGAUGGCCCGAAGAAGAAGUACUGCGGCCGUUACGUUACCACUCCUGACUCCGACCCCAUCGCCCAGGAACUGCUCACAGACGGGACCAAUGUAUGCAUCAACAUGAAACCGGGCUAUACUAUGGAGAUUGUUGGCAACUCUUUCUGCAAUUUCUGCAUGUACUUUGACGGUAAGUGUGUCUGUUUUCUACUUGCAGCAUCUUCUGCGCUGCAAAGCUAG